GGAGGAGCCGGGAGGGGGGAGUGAGCUGUGUUCUCGCCAGUCGUGUUCAGCCAUGUUAGAUUUUUCUGCUUUUCGCCAACGAUGAACGAGGAGCCAUGGCCUUGUCAUUAAGCGGAGACGAUGAGGAAUAUGAUUCAGAGUCCGAACAGCAGCGCGCAGCCAAUCGUCCAAAGCCCAAGAUGGCGACACCGUCGGCUGUUAAGCUGCCGUCCAGUCGUAGCUCGUCAGGAGCCAGACGGAGGAGAACGCGUUGCCGAAAGUGUGAGGCGUGCAUGCGGACCGAGUGUGGGGAGUGUCACUUCUGCAAGGACAUGAAGAAGUUUGGGGGUCCAGGCCGCAUGAAACAGUCCUGCAUUAUGAGACAAUGCAUAGCGCCCGUUCUGCCUCACACAGCAGUGUGUGUAGUGUGUAAGGAGGCUGGGAAGGAGGAUACGUUGGAGGAAGAGGAGGACAAGUUCAACUUCAUGCUAAUGGAAUGUUCCAUCUGCAAUGAAAUUGUCCAUCCCAACUGCCUCAAGGUGAGCGAUGCAUCUGGCGUAGUGAAUGACGAGCUGCCAAACUGCUGGGAGUGUCCUAAGUGCAACCAUGCUGGCAAGAGUGGAAAAGUAUUAAAGCAAAAACGGGGUCCAGGGUUCAAGUACGCCUCCAACCUCCCUGGCUCUCUGCUGAGGGAACAAAAGCCUGUGAAGGAGGAUGGGGACAUGUCUGCAUCAUUCAAAAGGAGACCUGAUAGAGAAGAGGUGCCCCGGCAGCGACCUGAGGAGGCUCUCCUUCGGCAGCCACCACUGCUGUCCCCCAGCAGUGUGCCCCGACCAAGGCUUGAGGACAAGCUGAGGAAAAAGAGGAAGCUCUUUGAGGAUGAAGAGGAAGAAGACCUCAGAGCGAGAAAGAAGGAAAGGUCAGACAACCCUUGUUUUUCUAAACUCUUGCAGCAGAUUAAAACUGAAGAGGAAGAUGCGUAUGAGGAUGAGGAUGAAGAUGGAAGGGAACUUAAUUUCCGCAGUUUUGGGGAGAGAAACGGGCGCCUGGGUGGUGCUGAAGACUUGGCGGAUGACAGAGACUUGAAGAACGAGCUUUUAAAUCCUUCUCUCAAAACGCCUGUUAUGGACAGCGAUCAGUCGCACUGCAGCUCUCCCCAAGCUGGCCCCAGCAGCGAGGGCGGAAGCGAGACCCAGGAGAAAGGUCCUCGACCCAAAGCUCGCCGUAAACGCCGUGUACCUAACAGGGAACUAAGCAGAGAGCUGAGCAAAGCACUGAACCAGGAAAUUCUGAAGACUGAGGACUGCCUGGCCAAUGAGAACCGCCAGCCACUCAAGGUGGAGCCAGAGUAUGAAAACGAAGAACCCAAGAGGUUGUUCCGUAACAGCAGUGACCUGGGCGAGCAGAGGCCCCACCUCAAGACCAAAGAGAUGAAUGGGACCCCCUGGGAAUUGCGCCACUUCUACCCAAGUCAGAUCACUCCGCUGGGCUUCAACAGGAGCACGCCAACCACCCGACCCGUGCCUCCACGCUCACCACCCAAGUGUGUCCAAAUGGAGCGGCAUGUCAUUCGGCCCCCGCCAAUAAGCCCGCCUCCGGACAGACUGCCCCUGAAAGAUGGGAAAAUGCAUGCCCUCCAGCGUGAGGUUUGGAUGAAGAUCUUUAACCAUCUCACACAUAAGGAACUCUGCUGCUGCAUGAGAGUGUGCAAGACCUGGAACAGAUGGUGCUGUGAUAAAAGACUGUGGACCAAGAUUGAUCUCAACCGCUGUACCUCAAUCACUCCCCUCAUGCUAAGUGGGAUUAUUCGUCGACAGCCACUCUCCUUGGACCUCAGCUGGACCAACAUUUCCAAGAAACAAUUAAGCUGGCUUAUUAACAGAUUGCCAGGACUGCGAGUGUUAAAGUUAUCAGGGUGUUCGUGGGCAGCCGUAUCUGCGCUAUGCACCUCCAGCUGCCCGCUACUACGAACACUGGACGUCCAGUGGGUGGAGGGGCUCAAAGAUGCACAGAUGAGGGACCUCCUAUCACCUCCUACAGAUAAUAGGCCAGGCCAGCUGGAUAACCGUUGCAAGUUGAGGAAUGUGGAGGACCUGCGUCUGGCGGGUUUGGACAUCACCGACACGUCCCUACGUCUCAUCAGCCGCCAGAUGCCUCUGCUGUCCCGGCUUGACCUGAGCUACUGUAACCACGUCAACGACCAGUCAGUCAACCUGCUGACGGCGGCGGGGACCACCACUCGAGACUCGCUCACAGAAAUCAACCUGUCAGCUGCCCUGGGGUAGUCUGACGGAAACAUGGCUGCCAAUUCACGCCUACGGCCUCUCCGACAACCACCAAACAUUGAUUCACACACCAGUGUGGGCAGCACUGGAGGCAGAGGUGAAGCGUCUUACCCAGGGACACAACAAUGUGGAGGGAGCGAGGCUCAAACCGCCAACCUUCCGGUUUCUGGACAGCCUGCUCUACCUCCAGAGCCGCUGCCGCCCUUUUGUCAGUCAUACAGUCUCUUUGUCUCGGUGGGUGGAGCCGGGCUGGUAGCAUACAAACAAAGUGCAGAAGAGUGUAACGUAGUACAAAUUAUAUUACUUGACUGUAAAAUAUUUUCAUAGAUUUUUAAAUAUUUUUUUCAUUGUACUUAAAAGUAAAGUUAAAAUCUUGUCUCGUUCUCGUAUACCAGUGGUUGGCGACCUGCGACUCCCACGCCGAGAUUUGUCUUUUUUUUUUUUUAAACACUGGAGCAGAGGAAAUGUGCAUUUUCAAAAAGAGUAUGAAAUAUCCGACUCACCGCAAGUCCGUGAAUGCAUCUACACUGUGUUCUGACUGCUGAUUGGAUGAGCAAGGGAAGGCGGAGGAGGGCCAAUGUGAUAAUGACAUACAAAAAAGACGUCUUGAGUGUGCGAUCCCCACGGUAAGCUAUCCAUAACCUAUGAAUUUGUCCCUAAAAAGAAACAUGUCAGAAGAAAAUAGAGUUUAAUUCUGAAUUCACAUAUUUCUUUCCCUUGACUGCCAAUGAUGCUGGCUUACCCACCAGUGUACUUGAAAUGCACCGAGAAAUUAGUAAAGAACAGAAAAUGUAACGUUGAAAGACAUUUUUAAAACAAGCAAUCAGCUCUUUCUGAAAAUUACCCAACUGCAGAUGGGCGUAAGGGAGCAAUUUUGGAACUACUGCGGAAGGUUGAGCAGAGCAAACAUACUUUCAAGAAGUGGAUGAAGGCUCCACGGUCAACCACAGCUGCUAGUGUUGUAGCUGACUCGCUGCACUGGAGAUUGUAAGGAGGAGGAAGCCCUUCACAGAUGGAGAAUACAUGAAAGAGUUGUUCGUAAAAAUAUCACAGUAUCUAUUCUACGAAUGAAAAAAAACAAAGAAAUUAUUCAGAAAAUUAUUCAGAAAUGCUCCUCCCUGUAAAGACAGUCAAGAGCAGGACUAAUAAAUAGAAUGGUAACAAACAUCAGCAGUAGGCAAACUGAUGACAUGAAUUCAGUGCAAGCAUAUUGAAUUACCUGUGAUGAGUCAAGUGAUGGAAAGGAUAUUGAGCAGACUGCACUGAUAUGCAGAUAAGUGAACUCUUGAUGGGUUUUUUUGUGUUAAGGUUGGCUACGUUUUCUUUUCAUUUGACACAAAUACGGUGAAAAAGCCUACAUAGUUAAGUGUUUAAAUUAUUUCAAAGUAAGCCUAAAAAUGCCGUUUGUACUUCUGUUAGUUGAAUUCUGUGUUAUAACAGUUAAAAGUUUAUAAGCUGUGCCAUGUUUUGCAGCUCCAGACCAUUUGUCUUUACUGGAAGAGGAGGCAAAAUGGGUCUUUUGAUGCCGACCCCUGUCGUGUAUUGUCUUGUCUCAUGAACUGGACUAUGAAAUAUAGUGGCGAAGAUGGCAACACUGGUCCCUCCUGUUACGUCUUUGCAUUUUAUUUCUAUGGCAAACAAGGUGCGUUGUGCGUUUAUGAGCAAGGACGAACAAGUAGUGCCAAUAUAUUUGUGGCGGUCGCCCAAUGUAUGGGAAGCACUUUUAAUGCCAAUGGAUUUGGAGUACGACUCCAUAAAAGCUUCUCCAGUUAGUUGUGGAAUUCAGAGAGAAUAUUCUGAAAUAAGAAUCUUGUAUUUUCUUUGCAAAGAGGUCAGAAGAAGAACAGUACAAAGUGUUAAAGCAGUCUGAUAAAAGAAAAAGCUUUAACAUGGGUUGUUGUAGACGUCUAAUCAUUAGUGUGUGUUGCUGUAAUUAUGUGUGUUUCAUUUUAAUGAGCUAGUGGAAGUUUGAUCAAGGCCUGGUCACACAGAAUAAAUGAACAACAUACUGUAACAAAUCAACUGAGAUGAAAGUGAAGUGAAAUGCAAUAUAAAAUGAUGAGUAAUGUAUAACAAGUGAAUACUACAUAGAACUUGUAUUAGUCAAUGUCUUUCCAUGACAUGGUGUACUGUGUAGGGCACCCUAUAAAUAGUGUCGUUCUCUCUAGUUCUCAUGACAACCACAACAGAGAGAACAUUUAGUACAAAUGUAUGAGACUAUUUUGCUGCUUUUUCAUGCAUACUGUACAUAUUCAGUAAUUGUUGUUCUUUCUUUGCUG